AUCGAGAGUGUGUGUGUGAAGGUGGAGCAGGCAGCGCAAUAAAUGGCAGUUUAGGUGCGUGCAGGCACCAUGGCGGCGUAGCAGGCCCUCUCUGUCGCCUCACCCUCUUAACUCUCACGCGAAACCCCACCUCGCCCAGCCCCGCCACGCGCUCCCCGACCUGCUUUACUCCUCUCUCCUCAUCUUCUUCUCCACCUCAACCUCAACCUCAACCUCAACCUACUGCUUCUCCCGACCUCCAUCGCCAGAUACUACAUAGAUGGCCAGGGCGCCGAGUAGCUAGGCGUCUGUACAGAUCGAUCCAGCGAUAUCAUAGGGAUCGGCACCGUGGCCUAUGGAUUUGGGCGCAUGGCGGGGUUCCCUCUAGGCGGUGGCGGUGGAAGCGGCCGCGACAGCCCGCCAUCCCCUCCCGGCGUGCACCCCUCCGACUUCCUCUACGCCACCCGCGCCGGCGGCUUCCAGCUAUGGGGCCAGCCGCAGGACCAGCACCAGCACCAGCACCAGCAGCUCACCCACCCCUUCUACGCCUCCAACCUCAUCCGCUUCGCCCCCGAUGACCUCCCCACCGCGGCCGCCGCGCACUCGCUCGCCGGCGGCGCCUCCUCCUCCUCCUCCCGCGGCGCGCGCGCCGCCGCCGCUGCCGGCCUCAUCGCCGGCGGCGCCAGCUGCCAGGACUGCGGCAACCAGGCCAAGAAGGACUGCACGCACCAGCGCUGCCGCACCUGCUGCAAGUCCCGGGGCUUCGCCUGCGCGACGCAUGUUAAGUCCACCUGGGUGCCCGCCUCCAAGCGCCGCGAGCGCCAGCAGCAGCUCUCCGCGCUCGCCUCCGCCGUCGCCACUGCCGGCGGUGCUGGCCCCUCGCGCGAUCUCACCAAGCGACCUCGCGCGCGCAUCGCCAACACCACCACCUCCUCCGGGGAUCAGCAGAUGGUGACGGUGGCGGAGAGGUUCCCGCGGGAGGUGAGCUCGGAGGCAGUCUUCCGGUGCGUGCGCCUGGGCCCGAUGGACCAGGCCGAGGCGGAGCUCGCGUACCAGACCACCGUCAGCAUCGGCGGCCACGUCUUCAAGGGCAUCCUCCACGACGUCGGCCCCAGCAACGCCCAGCUUCAAGCAGCCGCCGCCGCUGCCGCCGCUGGAGGAGGCAGCAGCGGCGACUACCAGUUCAGGCUCACUGGCGACGCGUCGCCCCCGAGCACCGGCGGCGAUGCAGGCGGCGGCAGCGGCGGAGGCAACAACGUCGUCGUGUCAUCGGCUGUGGUCAUGGACCCGUACCCGACGCCCGGGAUGUACGGAUCCUUCGUCCCCGCCACCACGCCCUUCUUCCACGGACACCCCUACACCAGACAGUGACGACGGACGGCAACGACCUCGAUCUAGCUCCUGCAACACCGUGCGUCCAUUCACCCCUCGCACUCUACGAUCUGUCAAUUGAUGCAUAAAUUGAUGCUUCUUCCUCCCUUCCUUCCUCCUUUCUUCCUUCUCUAGAGCCUAGUUAGCUUAGCUUAAUUAGGCGGCUUAAUUUAGACCUGUCUAGCUCUUCUCGGGAGCAAGCAUCUGAGGUGAUCAGUCUGUGACAUACCCGGCCUGUCAGACCAAAUGAUUAGAAAUCUGACAGUUAGGAUCAAUCUUGGGAACUAAGCAUCAUUUCUUGCAUUCCUCUACCUUGUUUUUUCUUCCCGGAUCUUCAGUUGACACUUGACAGUGUUCUUAACGACCUUUGAUUUUCUUGGUA